AAGCCACAAAAAAUGUGAGAGACCGCAAAUUGCUGUAAAAUGUUUGGACCAGGCCAAUUCUUCCUCAAAGUGAAACAAAAUCUGCCACUCAAUUCUUGUAUAAGUAUAGUUGUCAGCCCAAAUCUCUUCUUCAGUCUUGCUCCUACUUUCAACACAAUAAACAGAAAACCGAAAGAGAGAGGGGGAGAGGGGUCAUGAUCCAGUUGUGGUUCAAUUAAUCACAGCAAGGUCAUGAUCUGUCUCAUCUAACCAAACCCAAAUUUGGUUUUGAUCCCUCCUCCCAACCACAUCCCCAGCCUGUUGAUUCAAUUCUCUCAACAAACAAAUUUCCUAGCUCCAAAAAAUGGCCGCUGCCGCGUCUAUUGCCCCGCCUACCCUGUCAUUCAAGCGUUUUGUGGAAAAAAAGUUUCCAAAGUGUGUGCAUUUGUUCAUAUAUGCUGUCCUAGAAUGGAUGAUGAUCAUGAUGAUUCUCCUUGAUGGGUUUCUUGGGUUCUUAUCCGAUGAAUUCGCCAGGUUUUUUGAGCUAAGCAUCCCUUGUUUGUUCUGUACGAGGUUCGAUUAUGUCAUGUCUCACAGGAAACAAAAUUUCUGCUACAAUGACUGCAUCUGUGAAGAUCACAAGAGGGACGUUUCCUCCCUCGCAUAUUGCCAUAUUCACAAGAAGCUUUCUGAUAUCAGGAACUUGUGUGAUAACUGCCUUAUUUCCUUUGCCACCUCCAAAGAUUCUGAUUGUGAGAGGUACAAGCUUCUGUUGGGCAUUCUGCACAAGGAUGCUGGCUGCUGUGCUGAUGAUGGUGCCAGAGUUUCUGUGAAAUCUAUGAAGACAGUGACAGACAACGAGGAGGCUGACAACGACAACAAGAGGUGUUCGUGUUGUGGGGAUUUCAUCCAAAGGCUCAAGUAUAAGAGGACUCUAUCCAUGAACUCCAGUGCUCCUGCUCCAUCGCCUCGCGCCUGGAGAAACGAACAAGUCCGGGGUGUGGAAUCACCUCGCAUUCGUUACACAGAGAUCAAGUUGAUGUCUGAUAAUGACUCUGAGCUUCCAAAUGAGGAAGAUUCUUCUUCUACUGCAGUCAAAGAUGACACUAAAUCAGAGGGAGUCCAAGAAGAAGCUUGCAGAACCCCUAGUUUUCUAAGAGCAAACAGGUUUUCCCCUUUGUCAGAUUCAGCUCAAGCAAGUCCUAGGAUGUCUAGGGCCUCUAGGCUGUCAAUGGAUAUUUCAGAUUCCAAUGACACAAAUGCGAGGCAGGAGCGUUUGGAUGACAAAUCUCUCAUGGAACUAAAGAUGGAACUGGAUGAAGAAAGAAACGCUUCCGCCAUUGCAGUCAACAAUGCAAUGGCAAUGAUCACUAGACUGCAAGAAGAGAAGGCAGCCCUUCAAAUGGAGGCAUUUCAGUACCAAAGAAUGAUGGAAGAAGAGGUAGAAUUUGAGCAAGAAGAAGUGGAACUAAUGAAGGACAUGCUGAUAAAGAAGGAUGAGGAAAUGAAGAUUAUGGCAUCUGAGCUCGAGGCUUACAGACAAAAGUAUGGACCUCUCGAGAGAGUAGAUGGAGAGGCCUAUGAAGUUCACGGGGACGAAGAUUAUCAAGAGCUGAGAUCCCAUUACUUAUCAUCCUUAGGAAUGUCAGAAUGUGCCAGCCCUACUGAAGUAGACCAUUUUGAGCAUUCUGGCACUUACACAGCUGGGAAUUUGGAGGAAUCAUGUGCAGAUUAUGAGUUUGAGAACUCUCAUCUUUCGGGUUCGGGUUGGAUAACCAAUGUUGAAAACAAGACUACUGGAUCUUCAGAUGAAGAAUUUCCUUCAUCUGAACUCAAUGAAGUUAAUCAGGAAGAUGAUGACAGACAAGGGAAUUGAGGAGAUCAGUGGAGGAGGCAUCACAGAAAGAAUCAUCAAGAUGCAAAACAUGACAUUUUUCUUGAAGAAAGAGAAAUAGUAAUUCAGCAGUACUAAGUAAUGUUGUCUAGUGCAGCAGCCUAGCUACGUUUUGCUGCUACUGGAUCAUAUUUAGUACGCCAUUAAUGUUUCCAUAUUAGAAUAUAACAUAGCUUCUUUUUGUCCUGGAAGGAGCUUUGAAAUCUCAGCUUUUGCAUCAAUAUAAUGCAGCUUGAGUUCAUUUUUUUUCCUGAGGACUGCUCUCUGAUUCUUUCCCUCCUUGUAAUGUUCAUCAUAUUAAUUUCUGUUGUAAAAAUUUAUGGUAAUAAAAAUUCAUUUUACUUCUUAUAAA